AUGGCCAACGACCCUCGGGCGCAGGCCUCGCGCCCGUGCCGCGUCCUCACCAACGCCCUCGACGAGCUCGGCCUAAUCACCAUGUGGCACGCCUCGCGCGAUGUCAAGUUCCUCUGCGCCCAGCGCUUCGUGCGCCUGUUCGCCUACGGCGGCUCAACCCUUAUUUUGGCUUCGUAUCUGUCGGCAAUUGGCAUCUCUGAUGAUCGCAUCGGCCUGUUCAUGACCCUGACGCUGGUCGGCGAUGUCGUGAUUAGCUUCUUCUUGACCUUGUUCGCCGACGCCAUGGGCCGCAAAGCGGUGCUGUCGCUGGGCUCGGUGUUGAUGGCUGCGAGUGGAGUCGUGUUUGCGCUGUUCGGCAAUUACUGGAUUUUGCUGGCGGCGGCUGUCUUUGGGGUCAUCAGUCCGAGUGGAAACGAGAUCGGCCCUUUCCGCGCGGUCGAGGAAUCGACCUUGGCCCAUCUGACACCGCAUGAGCGGCUCCCGGAUGUCUUCGCCUGGUACUCGCUGGUCGGGACCGCCGGCACGGCCCUUGGCCAGUUGAUCUGCGGCUGGACCAUCACCUCGCUACAGUCGCUGCACGGUUGGGCAUUCAUCCCGUCGUGCCGUAUUAUCUUCUUCGUCUAUGCGGCGGUCGGUGUAAUCAAGUUGCUGCUGACGCUGACGCUAAGCCGCGAGGUGGAGGCCAACAGGGUCGACAAACCCCAGAACCAGGCGCAGAAUGGCGAGACACGUCCGUUGCUGGCAGACUCGAGUACGGUCGACCAGCAGGAGCAGCAGACUCCGAAGAAGAAAGGCGUAUUUGCCUCGAUUGAGAAGGACCUGUGGUCUCUUGUGAUUCGUCUCUUUAUCUUGUUUGGAUUGGACUCUUUCGCUUCUGGAUUGGCGUCUCUGUCCUGGAUGACAUACUUCUUCCACCGCAAGUUCAACCUUCCGGAGGGCGAGCUGGGCACGAUUUUCUUCGUGACCAGCACCAUUGCGGCGGCAUCGAUGCUCGUCGCGUCCUCGAUUGCCAAGCGCAUUGGCAAUGUCAAGACGAUGGUCUUCACCCACCUACCCUCGGCCAUUGCUCUCUCCCUCAUCUCUGUACCCAAUAGCCUACCCUUGGCCCUGACUUUCCUCGUUCUGCGCGCCUGCUCGCAGAACAUGGAUGUUGCGCCGCGCUCUGCUUUCCUGGCCGCCGCUUUGCCAUCCGACAAGCGGACCGCUAUUAUGGGUGCUGUGAACGUGGUCAAGACUACCAGCCAGAGUCUCGGCCCUCUGCUGACCGGUAUCUUGGCCCGCAACAACAUGUUCGGCGUGUCUUUCAUCAUUGCGGGUAUCCUCAAGGUGGUGUAUGACCUAGGCAUGCUUGUCAGUUUUGCAGGAACAGAGGCAGCCAAGCGCAAACAGGCCCAGGAGGCUGAUGAGGAAAAUCAGUAA